AUGGCGGACAGACGCAGCUACACUUAUGACCGCCUGGAGGUUGUUUAUGAUCCCUUGUCAUGUAUUAUACCAGAACUGUCAGCUGAGCAUAAAUUCUACUUAUAUUAUCCUCAAUGUAAUAAGCCAAUAGUACGAGCCUAUCAUCCUAGUGGCUGA